AUGUCUCGAAGACAGAGAUUGAUAGGUCUAGCCAAGACCACGAGGGAUAAUUACAUUCCCAAGAUUACCACCUCUGUCUCUUCAGUAGCAGCAGGAGCUUCAAAGGCGUUUACCAAUCCUGGUGAAAUAUACGAUAAGAAUGGAAGAGUGCUACUACCUGAAGAUGCAACGAUACAAUUAUAUCCUACAUAUACGAGGUAUCGGCAUAACAAGUACCAUGUGGAUGUAGCCGGUUGGGUUUCUGCGCCAGGUCUGUUGACUAAUCGAAGGAAUCGAAUGCUUUUAACGGUGAUACGGAAAACAAUGAGGCAAAGGGAUGGUCAAACUGCAAAUCAAGAAAUAGAGAAAUUGGAACACGAUGCAAAUCUAAACCAGGAAAUCUUUAACCCAAACUCACAGUCUUCAUCUUCGUCAUCAGAUACCGAGUCCAUUACCUCGUCGGGGUCUGAGCCAAGCACAAAUCUGUUGGAAAUAUCAGCAACAUCAGAUGAUACAAUGAAACAGAGAAUAGCGGCGUUUUUUGCCAAAUCGAUCCCCAAUACCGAAUUGAAGAUUUUGAUUGGCUCGGAAAACGCAUCUCAGAAGUUGAAUGAUGCAACGGUGUACACGGAUGAUACAGGGUAUUUUGCUGCCACCAUUGCUGUAGACUACAAGCCUUCGAUUAUCCUGGCUACUUCAACAAUAACCGAAACUGUAUUUGCUUUUCAAAGUAUCUUGUUGUACCCAAACACAGGGAUAGGGAUUAUUAGCGAUAUUGAUGACACAGUAAAGAUGACUGGAAUUACCGGCGACAAGAGAUUAAUGCUUCGAAAUUUAUUAGUAGAAGAUUUCGAAUCUUGGAGUAUACCUCCAAUAAUCAAAUGGUAUGCCGAACUUUACAAAAAGGAACAAGUUGAUUUCUUUUAUGUUUCCAAUUCUCCAUGGCAGCUAUUCAACUCUAUUCAACUGUACCUCAGAAUUUCUGGAUUACCCGCUGGAACUAUUCAUUUGAAAAAAUGGGUAGGAAACAUUAUAUCCUCCCUAUUGGAGCCUUCCCAAUCAAGGAAAAAAAGGACCUUGAGUAAGAUCUUGGAUGAUUUCCCCGAGAAGAAGUUCAUUUGUAUUGGUGAUUCCGGUGAGCAGGAUUUAGAAGCAUAUGUUGAUUUGGCUCGUGCAUAUCGAAACCAAGUGAUAUCCAUAAACAUUAGAUAUGUUGAAAAUACAUUCUCCGACGAUGACGAUCAGCGCAUUUACAAAGAAGUCCUAAGACUUAUUGCAAGAAAGAGAAAGCAAAAGUUUAUGUCUUCUUCUUCCUCAUCCUCAUCAUCAACAACUGCAACUACUGCAACUACUGCAACUACUACUAAUACUACUAAUACUACAACUACUGCUAAUACAGCUAAUACUACUAAUACUACUACAAUUAGAGAAGGCACGAAGAAAAAAUUUGCACAAUCAAAUUUUCCUCCUAAGCCCUCGAGAGCAGCACAGUCACAUGUUGAGGACUUGAUAGACUUGGAAACUCCAGUAUUGCCCCCAAGAAAAGUUUCACCUAUGGUGCCGAAAAAGCCCGCGAGUCUCAAAGGUGAACCCCUUGACAAAACUGUCCAACUGCAACCACUCUCAAGUGGUAUACUGCUUCAUGGUAAAGUUGUCGCCGCAAAUGACUCAACCGCAGAUACUUCUAAGCCGCCUUCAUCCAAUAUUGCUUCUGAUGGGCAUUGGAUGGUUGGUGAAAAUCUACCGCCACUACCACCAAGGCGGCUGAGAUCCCCAAAAAUCAAGCAGGGAGACCAGGAUUUAUAUGAUGAGUUGGAUGAUAUUUGCAGCUCUCCCGGGUUUUUGGAUUUGGAAGAAACAGAUAAAAAGGGUGCAAAUUGGAUCAGGAGAAUAAUCAUGGCUAUCCACGCUUUAAGAGACACUGAUACUACGAUCAAUAUUUUCAUGGAUCACGAUGAAGAAUUUUUUAAAAAUAGUUGCUCACAUGUGGACGAGAUACUAAGGGUAAAGUAA